GGUGACUGUUACUGUGAAGGAAGAGGAGGAAGACUAUGCCGUUUUUGGAAGGAAGGAGGGGGAGGUGACUGCUACUGUGAAGGAAGAGGAGGAAGACUAUGCCGUUUUUGGAAUGAAGGAGGGGAGGUGACUGCUACUGUGAAGGAAGAGGAAGAAGCGUUCAGAGUGAAAGAGGAGGAGGAUGUUACUCUGAAGGAGGAGAAUGCAGUUUUUGGAAUGAAGGAGGAGGGGGAGGUGACUGUUUCAGCAAAAGAAGAGGAAGAAGCGUUCAGAGUGAAAGAGGAGGAGGAUGUUACUCUGAAGGAGGAGAAAGAGGAGAAUGCCGUUUUUGGAGUGGAGGAGGAGGGGGAGAUUACUGUCUCAUUGGAGGAGGAGGAGGAGGAGGAGAAAGAAGAAGAAGAAGAGACGACAGGAGAUCUGAUUAACAACGGAGAGAGACCAGUCUGUCACUCUGACAGCAGUAAGAGUCCUUCAGAGGAACCAGACCCAGAGACUCCCAAACCAGUGAGACGACUCAACUGCUCCCAGUGUAAUAAGAGUUUCAAGUUGUCAUGGAACCUAAAAGAGCAUGAGAGGGCACACACAGGAGACAAGCCUUUCCACUGCUCCCAGUGUGGAAAGAGAUUUCCACGAUCACAGAACCUAAAAAUACAUCAGAGGACACACACAGGAGAAAAGCCUUUUCUCUGCUCCCAGUGUGGAAAGUGUUUUACCCAGUUAUGGAGCCUGAACAAACAUAAUAGAAUACACACAGGAGAAAAGCCUUACCAUUGUUCCCAUUGUGGAAAGAAAUUUAGGUUGUUAGAUAAACUGAAGGAGCAUGAGAGGACACACACAGGAGAGAAACCUUACCAUUGCUCCCUGUGUGAAAAGAGUUUUACCCAAUUAGCUUACCGAAAAGAGCACGAAAGGAAACACACUGAAGAAAAGACUUACCAAUGUUCCCAGUGUGGAAAGAGAUUUUCACGAUCACAGGAACUAAAUUCACACGAGAGGAUACACACAGGGGAGAAACUUCACCACUGCUCUCAUUGUGAAAAGUGUUUUACGCAGUUAGGGAGCCUGAACAAACAUAAUAGAAUACACACAGGAGAAAAGCCUUACCCCUGUACCCAUUGUGGAAAGAGAUUUUCUAGAUCACAGGACCAAAAAUCACAUGAGAGGACACACACCGGGGAGAAACCUUACCAUUGUUCCCUAUGCGGAAAUGAUUUUACCCAUUUAGGGAGCCUGAACAAACAUAAGAAGAGAAUACACUCUGGAGUGAAGCCUUACUCAUGUUCCCAUUGCCUAAUGCAUUUCAGGUUGUUAAAUAACCUUAAGGAGCACGAGAGGACACACACAUCUUACCAUGGUCGCAGUGGAAAAGAUUUGACCAAUUUAGGGAAACUAUAAGAUCAUGAGAGGACACGUGGGAGAAAUCACCCAGUUGUUCCCAGUGUGGAAAGAGUUUUACCUAGUUAGGGAAACUAUAAGAUGAGAUGAGACACGUUAGGGAAACUAUAAGAUGAGAUGAGACACGUUAGGGAAACUAUAAGAUCAUGAGAUGAGACACAUGGGAGAAAUCACCCAGUUGUUCCCAGUGUGGAAAGAGUUUUACCUAGUUAGGGAAACUAUAAGAUCAUGAGAUGAGACACGUUAGGGAAACUAUAAGAUCAUGAGAUGACACAUGGGAGAAAUCACCCAGUUGUUCCCAGUGUGGAAAGAGUUUUACCUAGUUAGGGAAACUAUAAGAUCAUGAGAUGAGACACGUUAGGGAAACUAUAAGAUCAUGAGAUGAGACACGUUAGGGAAACUAUAAGAUCAUGAGAUGACACAUGGGAGAAAUCACCCAGUUGUUCCCAGUGUGGAAAGAGUUUUACCUAGUUAGGGAAACUAUAAGAUCAUGAGAUGACACAUGGGAGAAAUCACCCAGUUGUUCCCAGUGUGGAAAGAGUUUUACCCAGUUAGGGAGCCUGAAAAUGCAUGAGAGAAUACACACACACAGGGGAGGAAAAGCUCACAGUUUGGAAAGAGUUUUAGUUAGGGAACCUAAUUGUGGAAAGACAUUUUCCCAGAGGACCUGAAAUCACAUGAUAGAAUAGACAGGCAGUGUUCUGAUGAGUCACUGUGUUCUGAUGAGUCACUGUGUUCUGAUGAGUCACUGUGUUCUGAUGAGUCACUGUGUUCUGAUGAGUCACAGUGUUCUGAUGAGUCACUGUGUUCUGACUGAUGUUUGACUGUUGUUUUAUGCAUUAAAUCACAUUGUUUAUAUGUAAUCUUAAUCAACAAUAGGCCUGUUAAAGUUUUUUCCUCUAGAUACAUGAUUAUAUCUAAAAUCAGAUUACAAUUUUAAAAUGUUUUUUUGUUUGUUUUGAUUCUACGCUUUGAUAGAUUGGAUACAUGUUAGAACCCUUAGAUGUUUAUGACAUGAUUUAGAUCAUUUAAAAUGUAAAUUGGAUGAAUAUUUUGUGUAUUUCUUGAUUCUGACCUUAAAACCUCAAGAAACGUAGUUGUUUUGGUUUCAUUGAGUUAAUUUGUGUUCUAGUCUCCAAGCUAAAGAUGUAUGAAACUGUGGUGAUGUUCUGAUAACGUUGUUAACAUGGAAAACAUUCACGACCUCGUCAAUGUUCCCGUCAGUAUUAUUCCACUAUGAGAGAACACAGGUGCUGAUUGUAAAAACACUUUUGAUUAAUUUUUAUCUGAAUUAAGAUGAACUUUAUAUUUUUUUUACUGUUGUUAGCCACGAGUGGACAUUGAUUAUGUACAUCUAUGUACUUACAGAAAUGAGCUCUUCUGAGUUUUGACAUUUGAAUUUUGAUGUUUAUCCCCGUUUCGUAACGUUUUUCAACAGAAUCAUUGGGAUAAACACACCCCUGAUCACCCGCACACACAGUUCACUUUCAUAGCAGCCACGUACAAACAGCAUGACCCCUUUUCUCAUGGUAUAAUUCUUACUCCCAUCUAUGCGCUCAUAUCAUUGUCACCAUAAUAGCUAAAGUAACGUCGUAGUCAACAAAACUAAUAGGACUAAUACGUUAGUAAACUUGCUACAAUCAUGCAGUAGCUUUAUAGUGCAAUAAAUGAGUAAAACCAAAGCUUCCUUGACUUGGAAGAGUUCCAGUGUUGGAUAGCCAGCUAGCUAACUUAGCAUCCCUCUCUGUUGGAUAGCCAGCUAGCUAACUUAGCAUCCCUCUCUGUUGGAUAGCCAGCUAGCUAACUAGCUGAUCUGAAGGAUCAGGAUACAGUAGGUCUCUCUCGUAGAGGGGGCUAAACUAGCUAGCUGCAUUCGCUAUUAAGCGAAAGUAAAAAACAUACUAUGAAAUAUAGCUAGUUUUCGCUUCUCCUUAAUUUUUGAAUAAAUUAUUUGUUAAAAAAUGUUAAACUAUUGUGUCUUUCUCUCUUUGAGUCAACUACUCACCAUAUUUUAUGCACCGCAGUGUUAGCUAGCUGUAGCUUAUGCUUUCAGUACUAAAUCCAUUCUCUUAUCCUUUGAUUGGGUCAACAACAUGUCAGUUAAUGCUGCAUAGAGCUCUGAUAUGUUGGCGGACGUCCUCUGGAAGUUGUCAUAAUUACUGUGUAAGUCUAUGGAAGGGGGUGAAAACCAUGAGCCUCCUAGGUCUUAUAUUGAAGCCAGUGUACCAAGAGGAGGACGGAAGCCAGCUGUCCUCCGGCUACACCAUGCUGCUACCUUACAGAGUGCUGUUGAACCUACUGUAGACCUUCAUUGAUGGAGGUGUGUGGCGACCAAUCAGGGGAGAGCUUGUCUGUAAAUUGAAGGGGUUUCAGGGUAUUGAACAGGGGUGUGUUCAAUUUGAUUGAGUUUGUACUGAAUAACACUAUUACCAACAUUUUCUUGUAUGUUCUUGAACAGACUAUGAGGUACAGUUUGGUUUGCUCCAGUUGGUGGGUGUGUCGGUGUGUGGCUAGAGUCUAAGGCAUUUUGGGCCGUUUUCCACUACUGUCAUGACUCUCCUGUGAUGAUCUGAAGGAUCAGGAUACAGUAGGUCUCUCUCGUAGAGGGGGAAUGUCAUGACUCUCCUGUGAUGAUCUGAAGGAUACAGUAGGUCUCUCUCGUAGAGGGGGAAUGUGUUUGAUUGAUGUACUGUUACUAGAGGAGAGAGACCAAGUUGAGACGCUGGACCAGGUGGAUAUGGUAUGAUUCAAGGCAGGUUUAUUAAAGGUAAAGAUAUCUGAUACAAAGCGUGCACGGAUCCUCUCAUUUGGCUCAGAAGGAGUCAGCUGAAAAAGGAUGCCUAAA